GUGAAUGGUCACGAUCCAGAUCCCGAAUCAGCACACCCUGGUAGUCCCAGGUACCACAGUAUUUGAACAUUGAAUGCUGCAUCCCAGGAUUGCUGCCCAGGAUCAUAUCACUCCACAUCUCGACCACCCCCAGCCGAGCCCCGAAUCGCUGCACUGCUAUCGUGAAGCACACCCCACUUCUGAUCUGUGGCCCUGGGCAUCGCGACUGAGCUCAGCACAGUCAUCGUGUCUGCCAUGACCGAAGACCUCCCCAUUGCACUGCGGCGGACGCGUCGAAGCAGUGCAGUCUCUCACAACCUGAACAGCCAUCCUCAGGAACCACAACGGCCAAAGUCCCCGACCUUUGCUACUCCGAGCCGUGGGGCCAAGAAGAGAGUGCGCUUCUCAGACCCUGGCCUCUCCUCGGACCAUGUCUCCGCCUCGACCGGCCUGACACCGCACAUCCGUCGGACAACCCUCGAGCCAGGCCUGGGCUCUGGGACCAAGAGGCGUCGCCACUCCGGCCCCGAGCCAGUCACCCAAGACCAUCCCGAUGCAUUCGACUCUACAAUCGACACACGCCACAGCGGCGAGGUUACCUUCCUGCCGCUGCGCCAGGUGCUGGACGGCCGUGUCAAGAGGCGCAUCAGGCGGAAUGGUCUCAGCGAGGAGAUCAACAUCAUCACCGCAGAGAAGAGACGCAAGGCUCAGCAGACCAGCGACGAGAUUGCUGCCCUGAGGUCUGAGGUCGCUGCCAAGGACGCCGAGAUCCGUCGUCUGUCCGGUGCCACAGCUGUCGGCCACGAGGGCGACGACGAGACCCAGGAGAGCAUCGACGAGCUCAAGAGACAAGUAUCCCAGCUGAGGAGGGUCCUCAAGAGCCCUGACUCGUCAAAUGAGACCGAGGACACAAUCGACUACAGCACCACCCGUGCGGACUGGGCCAGAAGAGUCCAGGACCCCUUCCCUGGCGACUACUCGGACAUGGAGCUUGACGUCGACGUCGACGACGAUGACGACGACGGCGACGAGGAGUUUGGUGACAGGACAAUAGCAGAGCUUGCCUGCAGCACGCCGUCCCGCCGGUCGUCAUCCAACGUGAGGAACUCUUUCCCCACGCCGCCGUCGACGAGCCCAAACCUGAGGCCGGUGACGCCGAGCAAGCGGCCUCAGCCCGUCACGCCGACGUCACAGGCCGCGGUGCAGACGUCCUUCACCGCCGCCGAGAGGGAGGAGCUGGAGGACGAGCUCGCGUCGCUGCAGCUCGAGAUGGCCAAGCUCACGGGCACGCUCGAGACGUACGAGGCCAUGACGUCGCGCCUGUCCGAGAAGCUGGCCCCCUUCGCGCCCGAGGACGGCUCGGCCGCCGCCCUGAUCCUGGACUCGCGCUCGCCGGCGGUGCGCGUCGAGGCCCAGCUCAACAACCUGCUGCAGGCCCUGUCGGACCGCACCGCCGCGCUCGAGGGGCUGGAGGCGUCGCUGGGCGGGCUCGGCUUCCCCGGCGGCGACGCCUCCGAGGUCGUGCUCUCGCUGUCGGCGGCGUUCCGCACCGCGCGCCUGGAGCUCGAGUACCUGACGCCCGGCGAGAUCGCCCUGCCCCUGACGGCGGCCGGCGCCGCGGUGCUGGACCUGCUGCUCGUGCGGCUGCGGGAGCUGGCGAGGCGCACCCUCGAGUGCGAGGACGCCGUCGACGAGUACCACGCGCUGGAGCAGUCGCUGCGGAAGCAGCUGGGCGCCCGCGCCGAGGCCGUGGACGCCGCCCGGGCGGAGCGCGACGCGCUGGCGGGGCAGGUCGCCGGCAAGGACGCGCGGAUCCGGGAGCUCGAGGUCGGCGUGCAGCGGCUCAAGGGCGCGGUCAGGUCGUACACGCGCGACGUGUCGGAGCUGGAGGCGCUGGUGCAGCGCGUCGAGGGCGACCUGGACACGGCCAACAGGGACCUGCGGGAGGCGCGGGACCAGAACGAGGAGAGGGACUUUGACAUGUCCAUGCUGGAGGAGAAGCUGGGCCUGGCGCUCGAGCAGACCUCGGAGCUCAAGGACCAGCUCGAGCAGCUGCGGGCCCGGCACAAGGAGGAGGUCUUCUCCAUGUCGCAGAGGCACGGCGUCGACCUGGUCAUGCGGGACGCGCGGGUGUCGGAGCUGAGGGCUGAGGUCGACCGCGUCAACGAGGCGCUGCGCGAGGCCAAUGAGACGGUACAGAGCCUGCGUGUUGAGAACGGCGCGCUGGGCGACCGCCUCGACUCGGAGAAGGCCAGGGCGAAGGCGGCUAUUGAUGCUAUGAGGAGCGAACUCGAGAGGGUUGUGCGGAUGGGCCAGGACCUGAUGGCCACGCCGAGGAAGAAUCCCGGCCGGGGCUCACGUCCCCAGUAGACGCAGCGCUCAUCGCCAUUUCCUGAAGUAUAUUUACAUCUGUGGCGCAACGGUCAGGCUCUGGAGUUUUGUUGUCAAGGAGUUAUAUCGCCAAUAGGGUACUACAUAUGUACCCACGGGAAAUGCUAGACCCAGACAUGAGUGGCAGAAUCCUUCAGUUCAAUAAAU